AUGUGGGCCUUGGUUCAAAAUCGUCGUAUAGAGAGGCUUGUUACCCAUGAAAUUGAGCCAGAGCAAACUACUGUAUCAUCAAUUGAUACGCCCGACACCACGCAACACUCACCACGUAAGCAAAAAUCCGAAAAAAAAAAAAAAAGAGGAAAUGAAAGCGCUAAGUGUAUUCUAGCCGCCGACAGCCAUGGCUGGAUCUGGGUGGAGACAAGCGGCGAAGACGACCCACUUGAUCCCAGGAACUGGACAUUGCUAUCAAGAUCCAAGAACAUCGGAAUCCUCGUGUUUCUGAUAUUCACACAAGGAUGGGCAGGCUCAGCCGACUCUCCCGCUAACGAGCGUUCUAGUCGCGAGUUUGGAGUGUCCCAAACUGCUCAAAACCUGUCAACCGCAAUGUAUCUAUUUGGGAUUGGCUCAGGCGCUCUUUUCGCUGGCCCAUUGUCGGAAUCUAUUGGGCGAAAUCCUACUUAUCUGGUGCCAACCUUCAUAUACCUCCUUUUUGUCCUUGGGUCAGCCCUUUCGCCCACAUUCGCCGGCCAGGUGAUAUGCCGGUACUUCGUGGGACUGUGUUCCAGUCCGACGCUAUCGAUCAACGGUUCCAGCGUCGGUGACCAAUUCCGGCCCGUGAAACGCACUUUUGUGUUCCCAGCGAUUGCUUGGGCUAAUAUUGCAGGCCCGAUGAUUAGCCCCAUCGUUGGCGGUUGGAUUUCUUCCAAUCCAAGCUUGAGCUGGCGCUUGACAGAGUAUAUAACUCUGAUCAUCUCGGCAUGUGCCUGGAUCGUGUCAUUUUUCUUUCUCCCCGAAUCAUACCUACCGAUAUUGCUGGAUUGGAAAUCGAGGCAGCUACGACGUCAGACUGGCAAGGCGAACUACGUGUCUGCUCAAUCCAGGAGCUCCUUUCUUCAACGUCUGAAACAUGCCGUCCCCCUCCCGGUUAUAUUACUCACUACCGAGCCCGUGAUAUCUGUGCUCGGCGCGUAUUUGAUACUACUGUACUGUAUCCUGUUCACUUUUCUAUCUGGAUUCGACUAUAUCUUCAAAAAGACGUACAACCUGUCUACAGGGCAAACUGGGUCAUGUUUUGGGGCGGUUGCUGUCGGCGCGACAAUAGCUACGUUUGCCACUCCGGGCCUGUAUGUAUGGGCCCGCCGAAAGACUAACUACGAACAUGGCGCGACUGUAACUCCUGAAUUUCGACUGUGGCCGGCGAUCAUUGCUAGUCCGUUCUUACCAAUAUCACUAUUCUGGUUAGGAUGGACAAACUACCCAACUGUCUCGAUUUGGUCGGGCCUGAUCGCGUGCGGAAUCUUCGGUGCGGUGCUGAUAUCCAUCUAUAUCAGUAGCUACGAGUAUAUUAUCGACAGCUAUGGAAAGCACGCCGCAAGUGCGCUAGCGAGCAUUACGAUGGCUCGCUACCUCGUAGCGGGUGGUAUGGUAAUGGCAGCCCGCCCGAUGUACGAAGGAAUCGGGGUCCAUUGGACGAUGACCAUCUUGGGUGGGUUGUCAGUAUUGUUAACUCCGGGACCACUCCUUUUCAGGAUCUACGGUGCUAGAUUGAGGGAUAGAAGCCGAUAUGCAGACAAACUGAGUCAGUCUGAGCCCGAGCCUGAUUACCCUCAUUAA